CACGUGGCUACGUGUGGGGGGGGGGGGGAGUUUGUUGGUGUGAGGGCGAGUGGAGGGAGCGGAUUGAGGUGCGGAGCGAGAGAGACACAGAGAGAAGACUCCCCCGGCGAUGUCGGCCUGCUCUUGGGCCGAAGCCUCGGGCUCGCCUAGCGGGGCUGCCGGGAGAGGCGCGCCUCGAGGCGGCCAGCGCAGUAGGCCGCAGGCGCCCUCCCGCCGCGGGCUCGUCGAGGAGAGCGACUGGGCGUGCCCCAUCUGUUUGGACACGAUAGAAGAGCCGUACAUGACCAAGUGUGGCCACAGCUUCUGUUGCAAAUGCAUCCGUCGGAGUCUGGAGGAGAACAAUAGCUGCCCAAAGUGCAGUUCCGCCAUUAAGAAUUCAAAGCAGAUAUAUCCAAACUUCCUCUUGAACGAGCUGGUCCUGAAGCAGCGUCAGCGGCUAGAGAAUCGAAUCGAGAUGGAACAACCGGUGAUUGGAGAUGUGCAGGGAAAAGCGACUCCACCUUUGCUCGCACCGGUGACAGUGGCCAAGUCGCCUUCCAAGGGAGGCAUCCUCAAGCCCCUUGCCACGGGGGAGGUCGUGAAGAAAAAGCGAAAAGUUUUGCAUCUGUCGGACUCCGAGGGCUCGGACAGCAUGGAUUUCAUGGUCGACGAAGAGCUGCUAGCAAGUGUGUCGGGCGUGAUGCCGUCCAAGCGAACUGAACAGGCCAGGGCAGCAGGCAAGAUGAGAUCUGCCGUCGUUGUCACGAGUGUCAAGACGAGAGGAGGUGGGGGGGUGGACACUUUCGCCGUUAACACUGGUCAACAACAACAACACAACAUGUUUUUCUGGCCUGGACUUUUGCAGCUGUUCUAGACUAAUUUCAGGGUGCCGAUUCCAAAUCUGAUCUCAGAUUUGCUCAAUCACAUCUCAUUUUAAAUCCUUUAUAUUAAGUUCGCUUGCUUGCUUAGGACCGUGCAAAUCUUUCGGUCGUUUUUUAACCCACUUCCCGUUAUCCAAUCGAGCUGACAUUUUGCACACAGACUCGUUGUGCGUGACAAUGCAUUUUCCUGAAAAAAAAUUUCCAAAAUUUUACACUGUUUAGGGAAAAUUUUAAAUAUUUAAUUACCAAUUGUUUAAUGGUGGCAGACAAUCAUCUGACCCAUAGGUGGCAGCCAUCUCAAGCAAGAGGACGAGAGGACUCUAGCCGCCCCGAUGCCACGCAUAUAAAGGAUUUAUAGUGAAAAACUUUGUUUUUACGGGUUAAUUUUUUAUGCUAUCGGCAUACCCCAUUUUCAUUGAUUUUACCCGAAAUUAACUUUGUCACUUAUGAUUGCAAGUUGUUGCGAGUCAGUGACUGCUUUAGUGUUAAAAUAUGGUGCUGUAUUUUUAGGAUAGUGUGUUUAUAAUAUCAUUUUAUGUAGAUAUCCACAUUUAUUUAAUAUUUUUCUUCUGCAGUUUUUAUUGAAAAUGCAAUCUUUGAUAUCUCAAAAACAUUUUGAUUGCAUUUUGAUUGUAAAGUGAACGUUCAUUGUUUCUGUUCGUUGCGUGUUCGCUCAAAAUUAAAGCGCUUAAAAUCGCAAGCAAUUCCGUGCUUUUUUUGUAUUCAA